UGUUAUGUAGCAAUUCUGCCUUUUGUGACAAGAAUUAACAUCAGAUUAAUUGUAACCUAAUAUCUUACACUACAUUUCAUUCAAACUAAAGGCAAACUCGCUUACAGAAGUGCAUUCUCUAAGGUCUCCGCACAACAUCUCCAUUCAGCUCAUUUGUGUACUACAAUGUAAAAUGACUUUGCAGAAGUGUUUGUGUUCUGUUUUGUGUGCCACAGCUGGAAAGACCCCUCUACACAAACAGUUAUCAAUCAAACACAUUCUUGUGAUCGGAGGGUGUGAAGUUCUGGUGUGGUCUCCCCAGCAUACUUAUCCACACCCCACACUCGCCCAAACAGUUACAGAUAAAAUCAAGAGAGGGGGUUAAUGACCAUUUGCUUUGAAUGUCUUGAUAUUUGCUUGUCAAUUAUGUCAUUAUUUACAGGGUUGCCAUCGGUCACUGCAUGUGCCAACAAAUAUAGCAAAAAUACGCAAAAGCAUGAGAACAUGUAAGUGAUAUCUAAGCUGUAUAUGUUAAACUACUGUAAAAUGCAAUAUCCAAGUGAUCCAUAGUAGGGCAAGAACAAAUUCAAAGUCAAUUGUCGUUUAUUGGCAGCACAAUCUCGAUCUCGAACAAUAAGGAAUACUGUAGAUCAUAGUCUUACUGUAAGUGUGCCCAUCUCCCGUGCACAUGAGUCAUAGCUGGAGCUCGAUCAACGGUGAACGGGAUCCGACACACCUUGGAAAGGCUGUAGUUCCGCCCAGUCCAUAUUUAAAGGCGUCAAUUUCAGUUGAACCUCACACUUUACAAGAACUUGAACUUGGCGAGCGCGUGCGCAGCCGUGGGAAAAUUCUCAAGACAAGUUUUGCGCGUGGCGCUCAAUUUUAACCCGAGAUAAAGAAGUCCAUUUGCGACAGAGUUGAAACGCCGGUACAGCAUCGACUGCGCGGACUUUUGAACCAGCUUGUAAAUUUCAGAAGCCGGGUUUUGAACAUUGUCCAGGUACAUUGGAAAGCCCCCUUGAAUCCCGGGGGAGUGAUAGUAUUUUUCGCAUGCACGAUGAGAGCGUUAUUCGCAGUUGUGUAUUGCAUCAGCCUGCUUUCCUCACAACUGUUGGCUUUGCCGGUGAGAAGCCAGCUGGGGAAGAACAGGUUGGACUUCAUGUCAAGACCCCGUCAGCAGACAGUAGAGGGCACCAUCUCUCCGGACGUUACUGACCGCGGCGUAUCCAUCGACCGCACCAUUCUGUGGAGGGCCAUCCUCUCCAGAUCACCACCUUCAGCCUUAGACAACCCAACCGAAAUCCACACCCGUCGGCCAAUGGGAAUAGAGUCCAAUGAAGUGGGCGGAGUCCCACAGCAAAGAGGAUCAAGAGGUCGCCGCCACGUGCGAAGUCAUCACAACCAUCACCACGCCCAGCUGAUGCGCGUCGGGUGCGUCCUCGGUACCUGCCAGGUACAAAACCUAAGCCACCGCCUCUACCAGCUCGCCGGCCAAAGUGGGCGUGAAGACUCCUCCCCCAUUAACCCCCGGAGCCCGCACAGCUACGGAUGAGCACUGGAGAGACCCCGGCUACAACAAAAGACAAGAGAACACAGCGUUACACAUAUCUGUCCCCGUGUUUGUUCAUUUGAUUGCGAUAGCUCUGAAUACGGUACUGCUGUAUUACUUCUCCUCUCUGCCUUGAGUUUCUGCAGUACUGUGCCUGUUUGGACCUGUAUCACUUGAUAGCAACCUGCCUAAAUUCCUCCAUCUACAAACGUUGACUUUGGCCAUGAGUUGACCCUCUUUGGUUCUUUAAUAUUGUUUGAUAUUGUCAUCUUGUUAGGGUGAUAUUUUAAUCUCCGUCUCAGAUGUGAGAUUAGUCUGGACGAUUUCACGUUAUUCCCCGACUCAUCCUGAUCAAACCGCCCAAGCCUUUAAUGUGGAUUUCAACAAGGAGUGCAAUUGGAUUCCUGUCAAGCUGAGAUUUGUGUUCCAUGACUCCAAGAUUGUACCGUUUUACCUUCCCAGCACCACAAACCUUGUCACUUGACUUGUCAAUGCAACUUUGCAUUUGCAUUUUUGAAAUGCGAGCAUCUUGAAGCUACAGAGAAUUGUCUUGUGAAAGACCACCUCGACAGUCCCUCGGAUGCAAUAGAGUAGAACCCGCCAGAAGUCCGCAUUACGGCUUUGUCAUGCACCUCGUGGUCCGGCGUCUGACAUAUUUCACUUCACGUGAUUCAUAAAUUCUAAAAACAUGACAACAACGGCCGUUUUAAGAAUAAGUUAUAAUCCCGAAGGUCUCGGUUUCCACUCCGCAGGAAUCCCGAUGGGCUUUGCCACGUUUCAUAAACAAAAGUAAAUCUUUUCCUGAGCAUUUCUUAAAAGAUGGUUUCUUAAAAACACACCCAUAAAUAUCCACAAGCUCAAAAACACAUCCACGACUAGCUCCUUUUAAAAACUAUUUCUUCUCCAUCUGUUAGUGAUAGACACACAAAUAUAUAUCUAAUAUAUAUUCUCUUAUAAAAUGUUGUCAGAUUUGUCCUCCUGAAAAAAUUCCCACAUCUUCUGCUUGGGUCAUUUAAGUCAAUUCAUAAACUUCUUGUUACUUAAAUGACAGAUUCUAGUUAUACCAAAAUGUAAGCCUUUCAGCAACACGUUCCAAAAGCACCCACAAUGCGUCUGGUGUAUUUUAAGAAUUCCUUAUUGUUAUAAUAAUCAUGUCUGAAUCCGUGGGUGGACACACACGCCCAUAAUACCCACCAGAACAGCCUUAAAACAUUCAGAAACUUUCCUUGGUUUUGAGCCAUCAAAGUGCCUUGAAUGUCUGAGGAUUAAAAGAGCAGAAGUUAUCCCCAAAAUCCUGCUGAAACAUCAAAUACUUACAUACUGAUGAACUAAAACCAAUAUCCAGGCCAAGAACCUCUCAGCGUGCAUUAGGAUUUUGCUUGACGUUGUAAUGACAAUCUUACAAACACCACAUCGCUCCACAGGCAGAGAAUCCACCAAAACCAGAUUUGACUUGAUUCUUUUCUGUGCAUUUACUGUAAUUCACUGCUCAUUUAUUCUCACUAGAAUUUCUCUUUAAAUGGGCUUGAAUCUUAUUUCAAUUGGAUUUGAUAUGUGUGAAAGGCCUUUCUCUCUGUCAUGGCUGAUUCGAAUGAUCAUAGGAACGUCUCUGGUGCUUCACGUCUAUCAUCUGCUCAAAGGCUCUCUAUACAGUAUAUCCAAGCCAUUCUCUCUUCUGUAAUCUGUUAACUGAUUCAUUAAAAGGCUUUUAAACUGCUGAGACUCUGAACAUUUUGCGUACAUGCACAGGAGAGCCUUACCUGCCUCGUGUUAACUUAUUGAUCACAUUCCUGUUUUUGUUCUAUAUUGAACGAUUUAUUUAUUUAACCACAAGUUGUCGUCAACGUCUUGGUGACAUGGGUCGAACGUAAUAGUUGCGUCAGUACCCCCAUCGUUCUUCGUGUGUGCGUGUUUUUUGGAAACACUGUCCCCAGAAUGUGUUCUAGAGAUGUACUGAAGGAUAGCGUUUAUAUGUUUGUGUCACCCUGGCCGUGAGCCCACCCCAAAGUCAAAUGUUGCAAGAGAUACUAAAGGUCAGUUCUGUUGUUACGUCCUCACAAAGCACUUUAAAGGAGAAGCGUGUUUGUGUUUGUCACUGUGACUGUGAGCGCUGUGUUUCAUGAAUCUGUAUGAAUGUAUUUAAAAGGUCUUAGCGCACUGAAUUAUGGGUCAUUUGGUAGAAACAGUCGCUAUUAUGUACACUUUGUAAAUACUAUUAUAAGUAAUAAUAUUUAAGUUAUUGUAUUUAUGCAUUCGUGUCUCUAUGUCACCAAAGACGUCAUGUAUGGCAUUUAGUGUUUUCUCACAGCUCAGAGGUGCAUUCUGGGUAGGAAAAGAAGAGGGUUUUUUUAGGAAAGCCAAUGGGAUUGUGUCACUCACAUACAAUGUUCUUUUCUCUGUGAAAUAAAGCACUAUAAAGUAGUG